AUAAAAUCACAACAAUGUCUUCUCUUGUUGGUCCUCCAGAAAUCCAUGGCAAAAAUAUUCAACAAUUAGUUUCCACUAGUACCAAUCCCUUCAUGGACUUAAUGGUUGCAAAUUUCAACUCCACAAAACCACCAAAUCCCCCUAACAUGGGCUACACUGAAAAUAUGUCAGCAACAUAUCUUUCUACAAACAACCCUUGUUUAGAUUUUUUCUUCCAUGUUGUCCCUGAUACACCCAAAAUAUCCCUCACAAAAUACUUACAACAUGCAUGGGAUCAUAAUUCACUAACUGCCCUUAAACUUAUAUGCAAUUUACGCGGUGUUCGUGGUACAGGCAAAUCUGAUAAAGAAGGUUAUUACACUGCUGCAUUAUGGCUUCAUCAAUUCCACCCGAAAACCCUUGCAUGUAACGUAGAGUCCCUCGCGGACUUCGGGUAUUUUAAAGAUUUGCCUGAGAUUUUGUAUAGGUUACUUGAAGGAGCUGACGUGCGAGAAAAGACGAAAAAAGAAAGGAAAACAAGAAGUGGAAGAAGCAAAAAUGUGAAGAGAUUUAAAACUCACGUGGCAGAGGAAAAAAGAGGAUGGACGCCAUUUGGUGGACUUAAAGAAGAAAAUAAAGUCGAAAUUGAGAAACAAAAAGCGAGGAUGGAAAGAGAGCAGAAGAAAAUUGAUAUGGCGAGAAAGGCUGUUGAUAGAUAUAAGCUUGAUCCUGAUUAUAAAUACUUGCACGAUCGCGUAUCUGAUCUUUUUGCGAAUUGUUUGAAGUUGGAUCUUGAAUUGUUGGAAACCGGGAAAUUGAAAGAUAUUAGCCUUGCAGCCAAAUGGUGUCCUUCUUUAGAUUCGUCUUUUGAUAAGCGAACACUUUUAUGCGAAACAAUUGCAAGAAAGGUUUUUCCAAAGGAAUUAUACUCCGAAUAUGAAGGAAUUGAGGAUGCACAUUAUGCGUACAGAGUGAGGGAUCGAUUGAGGAAGCAAGUUCUCGUUCCCUUGCGCAAAGCUCUCGAGUUGCCAGAGGUUUAUAUCGGGCGAAAUGACUGGCAUUCGAUUCCUUACAAUAGGGUUGCAUCAGUCGCUAUGAAGAUAUAUAAAGACAAGUUUUUAAAACACGAUGAAGAAAGAUUUAAAGAAUAUCUUGAGAAAGUUAAACAGGGGAAAGCUAAGAUUGCUGCUGGUGCAUUGCUACCACAUGAGAUAAUUAAAGCGCUAAACGACACGGAUGAUGGGGGUCAAGUUGCUGAGUUGCAAUGGAAGAGAAUGGUGGAUGACUUGUCUAAAAAGGGGAAGUUGAAAAAUUGUCUUGCUAUUUGUGAUGUGUCCGGAAGCAUGUACGGUACUCCAAUCGAGGUGUCCGUGGCACUAGGCGUUCUCGUGUCCGAGUUAAGUGUAGAGCCCUGGAAAGGCAAGUUGAUAACGUUUAGCGCGAACCCGAAACUACAACUUGUUGAAGGGGAGGAUUUGAGGUCGAAGGUUGGGUUUGUGAGAAAUAUGGAAUGGGGAAUGAACACUGAUUUUCAAAUGGUGUUUGAUUUAAUACUAAAAGUGGCUGUCAAAGGGGAUUUAAAGGAGGAUGAGAUGAUCAACAAAGUGUUUGUUUUCAGUGACAUGGAGUUUGAUCAGGCAUCCGCGAAUCCAUGGGAGACGGAUUAUCAGACAAUUGUUAGGAAAUUUAAGAAAAGGGGUUACGGAAAUUGUGUCCCGGAGAUUGUGUUUUGGAAUUUGAGAGACUCGAGGGCUACGCCUGUGCCAGCAAACCAGAAAGGAGUUGCAUUAGUGAGCGGUUUUUCGAAGAAUUUGCUGACUUUAUUCUUGGAAGAAAGGGACUUUAAUCCUGAAGAUAUUAUGGAAGCAGCAAUUUCUGGUGAAGAGUAUCAAAAGCUAGUUGUGGUUGAUUGAAAUUAAUUUAUUUUUUUACUAUUUAGAGUAAGCGUUACAUGUUGAUUAAAGAAAGCGUUACAUGCUGAUUAAAGCUUCUGAAGUAAUCUGGACACUUUGUUGAUGUUAUUAGGAGUGUUUUCCUUAUGGUAUUGUUUUUUAUAAUUUGAAUCUUUUUGUAUGGAAAGUGGAUUAUAAGCUUUGGUUAAGAGUCUAAUCCAUCUUUUGGCAUUGCCCUUGUGAAGCU